UGAGAGAGAUACGCGGAAACGUGAACAGCUGUAUUCGUAGUUGCGUCGCCCGUUGCGCUUUGUUUAAGAUUAUUUCGUUGUGGUUUUGGCAUAAUCGACAGUUUUUCGCAAACUAUCGUUGAGCGACAAUCGCGACUAUAGAUAAUUUUGCUACAAAGUGCUCCGGCGUGUACCUUCUUGUGCCGCAAUACCUGUUUCCUAUUCAGGUUCUAACGGACAGCUUCAGUUUUAAGUUUCUGUAUUGGGGCUGAAGAUGGAUGUCACGAAUAACAUAAUUAAUAUAAUGCCAACCAAACCUAAGACCAAAUCAAAACACAAGAGUUCCUCCAAGGAACCCCUCGACGUAGAAGUGGGGUCCAUACACGAAGAGCUCGAAGUGCCAGUGGCGUCCGAAUUGGUUUUUAGGAAAAUAUGGAAGAUAAAAAAAUUCCACAAGACGAUUAGCAAGCGGGACCUACUGGAUAGCCCUGUGUUUAGGUGUUCGGUGAACAGUGUCUCUACGUUUUGGAACAUUUCGGUCCGAUUUUGGAAAGGAUCGAAUGGCAAGAAAGUAACCAAUCCGCUGGUCGUUUGUCUGAAUCUCACGGGGUGUGAAACAGAGGAGACCGGACAGGCUCGUAUUCGAUUCCAAUUUGGAGUAUGGGACGCACAAAUUAAACACUGGGAAUGUUGUCCCAUAUCCAGUGUGGUUCUGAACCUCCAAAACACGCAUGACCUUCUCUCGGUAGGCUACAAGAGUUUAGGCAUUUUGGACCGACACAUAGAUCCAGAAAAAGAUGUCCAAAUAAUGGUAAAAAUCCAGGUGAUUCACAGCGAUGAAGAGGUCCACAGUUUGUCUCAGGACAUGGCUCGACUCAUGCUAAGCGACCAAAGUAAAGAUACUUUGAUUGACUGCUACUGUGAUAAAGAAAGUGUAAACAAAUCGCUGAAGGCGCACAGUUGGAUCAUAAGAACUAGAAGUGAAAAACUUUCAAAAAUGCUGGAGUCUAACAUAGACGAAAAGAAUAGGAAUAUUAAGUACGUCCUGUCCCUCCCAGAAUAUUCUUACGGUGCUAUUAAUGAAUUGGUACGGUACAUUUACACAGACAAAGUAGAUAGUGUUGAUAAGUAUGCUGUAAAACUACUGCCACUGAGUACCAGGUACAGCCUUCCCGGACUAAAAGGGCUCUGCGAACGUCACCUCAUAGAAAGCCUGACACCUACGAAUGUGGCUAAUAUUCUACUGCUGGCAGAUCAGUGUAGGUGUGAGAAUUUGAGAAAAGCAGCAUUACAUUACUGCGAGGAUUCCGAAGAAAUCAAGGGCAACGUCCAUAUAGGUAAAAGUUUGGCAUGGAGAGUCAUGGAAAUGGUAAACCCUGACUUAUUUAUGGAAGCUUGCGAGAGUAUUGGCAGUUCGUCCAGUAAUCUAGAUAGUCCGGGAACUCCAGGUGGGUCAUGGAGUGACUGAAAACCAUGGUAUUAUUAAUCUUAAGUGUUCAGAAAGUACAAAUUGUAAUACUUUUAUAAUGGCUACAUAGUAUGUAAGUUAGGUAACUAAAUGUGUUCUCUCCAAUUUUUGGCGACGAGAACAUCGAGUGUUGGUUUUGAGGACUCAAAAUUAAAGUAUUAUUGUGAUUGUAUGUAGUAUGUGUAAUUGGAGGUUUGUUUAUAUCAAAUAGUUAUAUUUAACUUUUUUUAUGACGCUAAGAGAGAAGAGAUUAUGUAUAUUACAUAAUACACGCCUGUGCCUACAUUUGAAUCUAUUGUCCGACUCAAAACAUUGUACUGUUAGAAACCGAUCAUAGUGACUUACCAUAACGUUAAUUCAUUUGUAACCUCGAUGAAAAGUGAUACUAU